UAUAGUAUGCCUCGCUUCAUUCUUCGUUUACAGGCAUUUUAAGUUGGAAGCUGAACUUGCGUCGAUGACAUGGAAGAUUCGGUGGGAAGAUAUUAAUGAAACACUCUCCAACAAGCACGGGGCGUUUGGAUCGAGAAUCAGCUUGGGAAAAACAAAUAGCAGCACGUCGUCAGAAACUCUGGCGCUGCGAAACGACAGACAGAUGUUCAUUCGAACUGCCUACUACAAGGACACUCUCGUGGCAAUUAAGCCAUUGAACAAGGCGAGAAUAGACAUCACCAGGUCCCUUCUACUGGAGCUGAAAUACAUGCGACCCUCGCUGCUGCGCAAAAACGCGAGCUUCUAA